UUAGCGACUUUUAGGACAGCCAAUAGCUACUUUCCUUACUGAGGAGUAGGCAACACUGAGAGAAGACGGGAAAUAACGACGAAACGGUUGUAGCCUACAUUUUGCCUACAGACAAUGGGCAGCCAGGUAUCUGUAGACAAUGUUCAUGUUGUGGUGGUUGGCGGGGGGUUCGGUGGCACCGCCGCAGCACAACAGCUCAAAUCCAGGGGGAUACCAUUCACCCUCAUUGACCUCCGUGACGCCUUUCAUCACAAUGUGGCUGCCCUCCGUGCCUCUGUUCAGAGUGGCUUUGCCCAGCAGACCUUCAUCCCAUAUUUUAAGACAUUUGGAGAGAAUUUCCUCCAGGGGCGAGUUGUACGGGUGGACCCAGUGUCACAGACUGUAGCGUUGGAUGGAGGAAAGGAAGUUCAUUACUCACACCUUAUACUGUGCACUGGCACAGACGGCCCUUUCCCGGGGAAGUACAACAUGUUGGCCUCCUAUCAGACAGCCAUCCAGAAGUAUGAGGACAUUGUGAAGGAGGUCCAGGGCGCAGGUUCGGUUCUUGUGGUAGGUGGUGGAUCCACAGGUGUAGAGAUGGCUGCAGAGAUCAAAACAGAAUAUCCAGACAAGAAGGUGAUCCUGAUCCAUUCCCAUGUUGGCCUAGCUGACCCAGAGCUGCUGCCCAGUGUCAGACAACAGGCUAAGGAGGUGCUGCUAGAGAAAGGGGUGGAGCUGCUACUGGGGCAGAAAGUUUCUAACCUGUCUGUACUGGAGCUCAAUGUGACCAACAAGAACAUGGUUAUCAUGACAGACAAGGAUACAGAGAUCACUGCAGACCUCGUCAUCUGCUGCACAGGCAUGAAGAUUAACUCUGAUGCCUAUAGCUCCACCCUGAAUGGAUGCCUAGCAGAGAAUGGGUCCCUGAAAGUGAAUGUGCACCUGCAGGUGGAGGGCUAUGACAAUGUGUACGCUAUUGGGGACUGUGCUAAUGUUAACGAGCCUAAGAUGGCGUAUCAUGCAGGUCUCCACGCUGGGGUUGCUGUUACCAACAUCACCAACAGUCUGAUGGGGAAACCCCUGGAAUCUUAUCACCCAGGGAGUGUGACCAUGUUGUUAGCCAUGGGCCAUAAUGAUGGAGUGGGCCAGUUCAAUGGGCUGAGGCUUCCCCGUUGCCUUGUAACCCAGGGCAAGAGCAAGAACCUACUGCUGUGGAAAAGCUGGAAGGAAAUGGGUCAGAAAGCUCCUUAACGUGUGCCAUACAGAACAUUGUGGAGUGAAGACAUGAGUGUGCCGCCACAGCCUUGAGAGUGCCUUACUCAGGUGACAGCUUGCAGAAGUUUUGGCGUUCUGACAUGACUAUUGAUAUGAGGCCAUAUAUUUGUAAAAUAUUUCUAUGCAAGGUGAUGCAAACUUUGUACAAUGUCCAUUUUUGCCAAUGAAUGUUAACGUAUGCCUUAAUAAAAAAUACAUCUGAA